AUCGAACAGCUGUAGAAAUACUGAGUAGACGUCAAAAAGGGGGUUCAAGCGGUGUGUGCGUGUGCUAUUUCGGUGGCAGUCGGUUGUGUUUAAAAAAGAAAAUAGGUAGGCUCGCGCGUUCGAAGCGGCUAUGGUGAAGCUAAAAGCGCUGCUAUAACGCGAGUUUUCUCUCAAAAUAAAAUAGAAAAUAAAAGUGCGAAUAAUCGAGUAGUGUUGUGGGGCCCUUUGAAAUAAAAUAAGAAGAAGAUGGAUUACAAGAGUAUCGUUUAUAACGCCGCUCGAGAUGGGAACCUCAACAGAUUAAAGAUAUAUUUGCACGGGAUUCUAUGUAAAGACGAAAUUUCUAUGUUGGUCGCUGCUAGAACUUCCGGAACCACACCUCUUGUAAUAGCAUCCAAAAAUGGGCAUUACGAUGUAGUCGAAUACCUCAUAGAAAAAUGUCACGCUGAUAUCGAACAACCAGGAUCAGUGAUUUUUGAUGGGGAAACUAUCGAAGGAGCUCCACCUUUAUGGUGCGCGGCAGCCGCGGGACAUUUGGACAUCGUCCAGUUAUUAUUGUCCCACGGGGCGAAAGUUAAUAGUACAACAAGAACCAAUUCUACACCGCUUAGAGCAGCCUGUUUUGACGGACACCUAGAAAUCGUCAAGUACUUAGUGACGCAUGGAGCAGAUAUCGAAUUGGCUAAUAGACAUGGACAUACCUGUUUGAUGAUAGCGUGUUAUAAAGGUCACAUUCGCAUCGCUAAAUAUCUUUUAUCAUUUAGCGCCAGUGUAAAUAGGAAGAGUGUAAAAGGAAAUACAGCUUUGCACGAUUGCGCCGAAUCGGGUAGUUUAGAAAUUUUGAAAUUGUUGAUUGAGCAUGGCGCAACGAUGGACGUAGACUCUUAUGGUAUGACUCCAUUGUUAGCAGCGGGUGUAACCGGCCACAACCACAUAGUAGAGUACCUUAUAAAAUUACCACACUUAGUAUCCCGAAAAGAAAAAAUAGACGCCUUAGAACUUCUCGGUGCAACCUACGUAGAUAAAAAACGCGACAUGAUUACAGCAUUGGAAUAUUGGAAACAAGCGAUGCAUGAAAGAUAUUUCGGUGAUGGCCCCGUAAUCUUAAAAAAAUUAGCUGAAAAAGUGCCCGCUUACGAUUAUUGUCAAGAAAUAGCGGACAUCGAAGGUUUAGAUGAAUUAAUGGCCGACCCGGAUGAAAUGAGAAUGCAGGCGUUGGUGAUCCGUGAGAGAAUUCUCGGUCCAGCUCAUCCGGAUACAAGUUAUUUCAUCAGAUACAGAGGAGCGGUUUACGCUGAUGCGGGAAAAUUUAACCGUUGUAUAGAAUUGUGGAAUUACGCUUUAGAUAUGCAACAAGCGAUGUUAGAAAGUUUAAAUCCAAUGACACAAAGCAGUUUAUUUAGUUUCACCGAAUUGUUUUCGUUUAUGAUGGGCGAAGAAGGUAAAUCAACAUCACGGGGAAGAAUAGUCCCUCCAGUUGAUUAUAAUGAAAUCUUAAGAGUGUUUUAUAAAGCCAUUAUGGAAGUCGAACAAGGUAGCAAGAUGUUAGAAAAGAUGCCGAAUGUCCUUCGUGAUACGACCUAUUUAACCAGAGUUUUAGUUAUCACACUAUAUCUAGCUUGUUUACUCACACGUUUGUUACAAAAUCAAAAAAUUGAAAGUGAUAAAAUAAUGAUAUCUGAAAAAAUUCAUCGAGCCAUAUACGAUUUGGUUAAAUUAAAAAUUAAGGGAAAAUUAGGUCGAACAACUUUACAUUUAGCUUGUUGCCGAGACGCAGCCCUCGUCGGUCGUUAUCCAGCCUGCCAAUUUCCGUCACCACACUUAGCGGAAGUCCUUUUAAAAGUCGGCGCUGAUCCAAAUGCUAAAGACGAAGAAGGCAACACACCUUUACAUCUAGCAGCAAUGGCGAGACCAUGUCCGUUAGGACUUGCUAAAACGCUUUUAGACGGUGGCGCUCAUAUGGAUUUAGUGAAUAAUAAUGGUGAGACAUUUGCCAGUUUAUUAAAAGGACAGGAAGUGCACGAACUGGCUAAUACUGCUAAAUACACGAGACUGACGUGUGCUGCUGCGCGUAUCGUUAAACAAUUUCGUAUACCUUAUCGGGGACUUGUACCCCAACAACUUGAGGCGUUCAUCGCCAACCACUGAGUUUUAUUUGUAUUUAUUUAAUUUUUUUUUAACAAGUUUUUUGUUGUGUCUUCGAAUUAUGCGUGAUUGUGUGGCGGAAUAAGAGGGAGAUAGAUUACAAAAAAAAAUAAUAAUAACAGAGUUGUGAGUGAGGUUUUAAAUUAAAUUCAAGAAGAAAAAAAAAACGUUUGUUUACUUCGUGUCUUCUUUAAGGGGUACUACGCACUAUCGACUUCUCGCCCAUGAUCCGGUCGAAAGUGUGUAAUAACCCUAAGGUUUUCUUUUUACUAUUAGUGUCUUUCUUUUCAUUCUUUUCGGUCGUGUUCGAAGAUUAUAAAUUUAAAAAAAUGCAUGCUCCUUUCUAUUUAGAAAGAAAAAAACCUAGAUUUCCACAGAAAACAACCUAUAGAGUUUUAUCAAAAAUUAGAUUUUUAUCUAAAGAAUAUAUUAUAAUGUGUAAAGAAUAGAGUAGCGUCUUUAAAAGAAAUGUUGCGAAAGGAGUGGAAUGUUUUUUUUUCUUUUUCGAGGGACAAUCGAAGAACAAGAGCCGAAACGAAGCGAAGAAUCGAACGAAAAAUGAUUGUGAUACCGAUUUAAAAUUAAAAAAAUAAUAAUUAUUAUAAAAUUAAAAAUAAACCAUUGAUAUUAGCCACAUUGUGUUAGAUAAUAAAAAAAAAAAGAUAGUCCGUAUAUUACCCAAUUUUUUCUUCGUCGUUUUUGUUUUAAGAAGUACUGAAGAAGAAUAAAUAAAAACCUGAAAGUAUCGACUAAAA